CUGUAUACAAGCUCAAUGUACAGCGUCCGACAAUUCCCAUCAGGUUACUUCAAUCUAACCAAAGAAUAUUCAAGCCAGAAAAACGUUUGUUCACCAUGGUUAUCACCGCGACUGUUACAGAAGAUGUACCGCAGCUUCGACUCGCAGCAACGAAAGAGAAGCUUGUCCUUCCGCAUGCCGAAAACACUACUGGGCGAGCCGUUCCCAUCGAACACGGUCCCUCAAGUCAAGUCGAUUUUGGAGCAGAGAUUUACGGUAUCGACUUGAACAACUUCACCGAUGCCGAUUUCAAGUUCAUUUCUGAUGCGCUACAUGUGCACAAAAUGCUAGUGUUCAAGGAACAGCCCCAAAUGCUCACCCCACAACAACAAUACAAGCUUACUUCGAGUUUCGACCCCGAAGAGACCACUGGUGGUUUUGCUCAUGGGCACGAUCCCUUCCUUACUCAUCACAAUGGCGUUGAUAUCUACGGCAUCCCAAAACGGCCUGCGAUCCCCGUACAACCGCAAGUUCAUAUUCUCGGUCGCGGCCCUCUUCCCGACGAACACUACGGAUUCCCGCCGGGGUUCGAAGUUCAAGGAAUUGAUCAUGAAGAAUUCCACCUUCCGCCACAUAUCCCGGCAGAAGAGCGUGAAGCUGGUGCGUCGCGUUUCUACCAGUGGCAUUUCGACGGCUCGCUGUAUAAUAUACCACCCCCUCGCGUUGGAUGCCUCCUCGCAGUGCGUACACCGAAAGGUCCGGAUGUCAAAGUUCGAUGGGAGGAUGAGGAAGGCACAUACAUGAAGAUGGCACCCGGUGCAACGGCAAUGGUGGCCGGAAGUCAAGCGCUGAAACUAUUAGACGAGGAAACGAGACAGAUUGUUCUGAACAGUAAAAUUGAGUACGCACCACAUGCUUUUGUUUGGAUGUCCCAAGCACAUAGUACACGGCUGGGUCACUUGAUUGAAACGGAAGGCUUGGAGAAAUCACUUGAUGAUCUGCCGAAGUGGGAAAAGAGCAAGGUUUGUGUCUAUCCGAUGGUGUGGACGAACCCGAAAACGGGAGAGAAGUCACUGCAGGUACAUGGACAGGGCGCGUACAAGCUCUAUUUGAAGAGUCACCCUGAUGGGGAAGAGACAGUGCUUGAAGAUCUCAAAGACGUAAGGGCGUUCAUGGAUAGAAUCAUGCGUCCUGUUUUGAAGCCCGAGAACAUCUACGCGCAUCCUCAUAAAGAGCAAGAUGUUAUUCUGUGGUAUAACAGAGCAUUGUGGCAUAGUAUCACGGAGUUUCCCAAGUCGUACGGGCCUAGGGUAAUGCAUCAAUGCAAUGUCGCUGCAAGCGAUCAUCCGACAGGGUGA